AUGGCCGGAUCCGAACGGAUAGAAGGAGUGGUCAACUUCCGCCCACCAUCAACAGUAAACAUACACAAAGCAGACACAGAAACCCACAAAUUCCAUUUCCAGCCUCCUCCCGUCUCCUUCAUGCAGGGUAUAUGGUACGUGACACACUCAACGCUGCCAAUGUGGAAGACAAACCGCAACGUAACUAUCACAUACACACCUCUCGAAAACGACAUGCAAGUCCUCGACGAUCUGGUCGAGUACCAACCCUUAACGUCGGACAAGCACAAGACCGUCAAGGGCGUCGACACGCCUACAGCCGACCCCGCGGGAGGCGCAUACAGUUGGCGCGGCCGGGGUUGGUUGAGAAUCGCGUCGAGUCACUGGGAGGUGUUGGGCUAUGGCGACCAAGACGGUGGCUGGAUGGUGACUUAUUUCAACAAGACGCUUUUUACGCCCGCUGGCAUUGACAUCUACGCAAGACGGAAGGGAGGCUUGUCGGAGGAAAUGCUGGGGUGGAUUAAAGAUCAGUUGAGAGCCGUUAAAGCUGAAGACCCGAAGUUUGCAGGGUUGGCGGAUGGGGUGUUUGCGAUUCAUCAUAAUUGGUGA